UUUCCAAGAUGGCUGCCUCCAUCGCAGGAUUGCUAAAACCUUGGACACCGAGUGUGGUGUUGGUGAGAUGGAGCAAAUACAAUCCUUACUAUCUAGAGCCAGAGGUCAGGAAGGAGGCUUACAGCCAACCAAUAAUUGAGCUGAGCGCUGAGGAGAAAAAGGAGCGUGAGCUCAAGAUGACACAACCCAUCAAAGCAGCAACCAAUGCAGUAACCAGCUCUGUUUUUGAUGACCCAGAUGUCAGUAAAUUCAUCAACAUGAUGAUGAAACAUGGAAACAAGGUUUUGGCUAGAGAGAUUAUGACACAGACACUGGAGCACAUGAAGAGGAAACAAGUGGAGAAAUAUCACAAAGCUUCAGAGGGAGAAAAAGCAGAGAUUGAGUGUAAUCCCUACAAGAUUUUUCACCAGGCUUUGGAGAACUGUAAGCCUGUUGUUGGGCUGACCAGAGUAAAGAAAGGUGCAAGGAUCUACCAGGUGCCCAUCCCACUUACAGACAGCAGACGUCGCUUCCUUGCAAUGAAAUGGAUGAUCACAGAAUGCAGAGAAAACAAACACAGACGCACGUUCAUGUACGAAAAACUUGCGCAGGAACUGAUGACUGCCUUUGAAAAUGAGGGCAACGUCAUGAGGAAGAAGCACGAGAUGCACAAGGUGGCUGAAUCGAACAGAGCGUACGCCCACUUCCGCUGGUGGUAGACGAAACAUUUUGGGACUGAAAUGCUGUGUAUUCAUACGUCUGCAGAUUGUCAGAAAUGUUGGGAGGUAUCUCUGCUCAAAUAACUGUAAAUAAACACAAAACUCACUGUGGAAGGGGAGAUAUGUGCUUAAAAGUCAAA